GUUUGAGUUUUAUUAAUCUCUCUUAUAAUCUUAUCUUGUGUUGUGUUGUGUUUUUGUUGCAACCAUGUAUGUUAUUCCACUUCGAUCAAUUCCCCCUUCCCCCAUAGCAUUUAAUAAGAGUGUGAUUGAUGCUAAUGGACAACAAGAAAAUGGUAACAACAACUCAGGUGGAGUUCGUGUUGUUGGAAACAGAAUUUAUGAUUCUACCAAUGGCAAAACUUGUCAUCAGUGCCGGCAAAAAACAAUGGAUAUUUUUGCUACAUGCAACAAUUCAAGAAAUGGAAAGCCUUGUGUAAUCAAGAUCUGUCAAAAAUGCCUCAAGAACAGAUAUGGUGAAAUGAUACAAGAUGUAAAUUUGUUGACCGAUUGGAUAUGUCCAAAGUGCAGAGGCAUGUGCAACUGCAGUUUCUGCAUGAAAAAACGAGGUCAACAACCUACAGGUGCACUAACUCGAACAGCCAAAACUUCUGGUUUUAAGUCUGUGUCUGAAAUGCUUGCAAUGAAAGUUAACAGUGUUGAUGAUGAUUGCCAAAACCAGAGAUUGAAAAAGACUAAACUUUGUAAAGGUGUUUCAGAUUGUGAAGUUAAAACAAAUACAAAUGAUGAAUGGGAAUCAAAAUUAAAGGAGUAUUAUGGUUUGAUUAGUGGUAAAAUGGAUGUUCCUAAGGUUUGGACAGCAAGUGAUUUUUGCUUAAUUCCAAAUCUAAUGGAUGAUAAAAAUUGCCAAGGAACUAAAGAUGCUCCUCAAUCUUUAGCUUCAAAUGGUGAUAAGAAAAUGCAUCAAGUAAAUUGCAAUGCCAAUGUAGCUACUAGUUCUGUUGAUAAUGUUGUCAUUAAUUCUGAAAUAAACAUAGGUGUAGCACAACAUCUAAAUGUGGAAAAAUGUUCUGUAACAGAAAAAAUUGAGGAAGAAAUUCUUUUGUCUCCCGACACUAAGUUAACAAAAAUAUUGGAUAAGGAUUUUCCAACUGAAGAUGUUUGUAAUGCUCUGCAGUUUUCAGAAUUCUGCAAUAAAUGA